GCGAAUGCUGCGUGGCGGGUGCGGGCGCGGCAGAGGAAAAGAGGAAACGGCGACGAACGACGUGCGCGUGCGGAAGGGAUGCACGAGGGAGCGUAGAGGGGGAGGAGGUAUUCGCGAUCGAGAGUGAUCAAAAGCGGCGGGUUACGGCGACUCUUCCGGACUCGUCGCCCACGACCGUUUUGACGGAUUUCCGCCGUGUCAGCUGGCGUCAGCUGUUCCCUGGCGUUAGGUGGAAGGUCCCCGUUCGCCGAACGGCAACGCCAACGUCAGACGACGCGCCUAAACCGACGACGUUCCUAUUCGCGAUUCGCGGAGUCAGCGACGGACGCAUCCGAUCCGACGACGACGAUCGACCACCGUCGACCCGUGGUGUGUGCGUGUGUGCGCCCCAGGAUGCAGCAGCCGCAAGCGAACGGCAACGGCGCCCCGGCCUCGCCGAGGAAGAAGCAACGGACGUCCACCGUGUCGAAGGUCACGGUGGUCCUCGGCGCGCAAUGGGGCGACGAGGGCAAGGGAAAGGUCGUGGACAUGCUGGCGAUGGAGGCUGACGUCGUUUGCAGGUGUCAGGGAGGAAAUAAUGCGGGGCAUACUGUAGUUGUAGAAGGUGCCGAAUUCGACUUUCACCUUCUGCCUAGUGGAAUAAUCAAUCCCAGAUGCAAAUCCAUAAUAGGCAAUGGCGUAGUGAUUCAUUUGCCCGGUCUGUUCGAGGAGUUGGAGAAGAACGAAUCCAAGGGACUUAAGGAUUGGCAGAACAGGCUUAUAAUAUCGGAUCGAGCACAUAUAGUGUUUGAUUUUCAUCAACAGGCCGACGGACUGGAAGAACUGGAGAAGGGCACGCAGUCGUUGGGGACUACGAAGAAAGGUAUCGGGCCGGUCUAUUCGGACAAGGCCGCUAGGGCGGGACUCAGGAUUGGCGAUCUUCUUGGAGACUUCGACAAGUUCUCCCAAAAGUUCAAUACCUUGGUUACGUCGUAUCAGAGAAUGUAUCCUGCUCUGCACGUCGACGUCGAAGCCGAAUUGGAGCGUUACAAGGUAUACGCUGACCGUGUAAGGCCGUACGUGAGGGAAACGGUGCAAUAUUUGCACCAGGCUUUGAAGGACGGCAAGAAGGUCUUGGUGGAAGGCGCCAACGCAACGAUGUUGGAUAUCGAUUUUGGAACUUAUCCAUACGUGACAAGCUCGAAUUGCAGUAUAGGCGGUGUACUGACGGGUCUCGGCCUGCCGUGCAGCACAAUCGGCGAGAUAAUCGGCGUCAUAAAAGCCUAUACAACCAGAGUCGGAGACGGCCCCUUUCCGACGGAACUUUUCGAUUCUACGGGAGAGCUGUUGCAGAAGAGAGGCCACGAGAUCGGCGUAACCACGAAGCGAAAGAGACGAUGCGGAUGGCUCGAUUUGCCGCUGCUGAAAUUCACGACUCUAGUUAAUGGAUACACCUCUGUAUGCUUAACAAAGCUUGAUAUCUUGGACACGUUGCCGGAGAUAAAAGUGUGUGUUGGAUAUCGAUUGAAUGGGAAAGAUGUGGAUUACUUUCCGAGUAGUAUUUGGGAGUUAUCGAAGGUCGAGGCGGUAUAUAAAAUAGUCGAGGGCUGGCAGUCCACUACCGAGGGUGUACGUUCCUUGGAUAAAUUGCCGCCUAACGCGCACAAGUACAUACAAAUCAUAGAGGAAUACUUAGACGUGCCAGUUAAAUGGAUCGGCGUAGGAGCGGGACGAGAAAGCGUAAUCGCCCUCUGACGACGCACGAUCUCCAUAAUGUUACUUAAACGCACGGCAUUAAAUGUAUUAUUAAUUUUAAUUCUAUCUGUAACAUUUGCAAUGCAAAGCGCACAGGGCGACAUAUUGUAACGAUAAGUUUUCAGCGAAUGUAGUAUUAACUUUGAACCUCUUUGAGCAAUGUAUAAUUGUAACAGCAAUGUGAAUGUUUAGUCAUUUUGUAGUCAAUAUUUAACAACAAGUGAGCGGAAAAUUAUUAAAAAAAAAAUGUUCGUUAUAUUGUCCAUUUUCAAUGGAUAUUCUGUUUUAUUCGAGAUAUAUUAAAAUAUUUUUGUUUCUCA